UAGUCAAUCCUCUUUGGAGUGAUAUGACAGACUGACUAGUCUGUUUUCUCACCGAAAAAUAAUUGACUGAAAUGGGCUGUCACAUUCUUAUGACACAUUCGCUCCGGAAAUUGUCAAGUCAACGUUAGAUGAAGUAUUUUCACAAGUUUUUUUACUUUCGUGUAAAUUCCUAAGAAGUUAAUAUUCAUGUACACGCAGACAAUUAAGAUGCCAGUGCAGAAAGACUCGAAUAUUGUUAAAAUCGCUGUUAAAACAGCUGGGACUGGCCUCAAUCCACAGUUGAUUGAGUUCAAUCAAAAACAACCUUUGACCGGAAUAAUUCAGGAACUCUGCAAUGGCUGGGGUUUGUCAGAUCCAGACACGUACUCUCUUCAAUUCUCUGAGAGCAAUAAUAAGAAUUAUAUCACCGAAAAAAACAGGAAUGAAGUCAAAAAUGGAAGUAUUUUGAAAUUAGAACACUCACCUUCAAAGACAGCUGGGGAUAUUCUUGCUAAAUUGAAUGAUGGAACACCGGAAGAAAAAAUAAGUGCACUUGAAAAAUUGAGUUCUUUAGCUCUCGAUAUAACUUUUGGCCACGAGUUUAUCAACAAACAAGGAUUGGCACUAAUUGUUUCACAGGUGGAGUCUGGAAAAUAUAAAUCGACAGCCCUGGCAUAUUCCUUGCAAUCUUUCGUGGAACUGAUGGACCAUGGAAUAGUUUCUUGGGAUAUUCUCGAGCCUCCGUUCAUCAACAAAGUCGCCAGUUAUGUUAAUAAUCAGGCAGUGACACAAGAUGCAGACGUAAUAGAAGCUUCUCUGAGCAUUCUCGAGAAUAUUGUGCUGAACUCCUCGGGACAGUAUGGAUUAGUUGAAAAAGAGGUCACCUUCCCCAAUCUGUCCAAUCAUCUCCAGAACAUGAAGCCUGAGAUCCAGCAGAAUACAAUUGCAUUGAUUAAUGCAUUGUUUUUAAAAGCAGAUGCACGCAAACGAAAACAUGUAGCUGCCACUCUGCAAUCCAAACAAAUCAGAAAUGUAUUUCUCACGAAUGUCAUUCAGUCAACUGGCGAAGUAGGCACAGAAAUGGCUCAUCAACUUUACGUGCUACAAACUCUGAUGCUGGGACUUCUCGAGCACCGAAUGAUGACAAAAAUGGAUCCUCAGGAUCAAGAUGCUCAUGAUAAAAUAAAAGAACUCCGAAGAAUCGCCUUUGACACCGAGGGAAACACAACUAAUGAUGUUAUUUCUCGAAAGCAGGGACUUCCUGCUAAGGAUUACAAAAAAUUGGGAUUCAAAUAUGAUAUCAAUCCAGCUUUAGAUUUCACUGUUACUCCUCCUGGGAUGUUGGCGUUGGACUGCAUGGUUUAUUUUGCGAGAAAUCAUACAGAGUCUUAUACCAAAGUAGUUCUCGAACAUUCCUGUCGUGCUGAUGAGCAUGAAUGUCCUUUCGGAAGAACCAGUGUAGAACUCGUGAAAUUACUUUGUGAGAUUCUAAAAAUUGGAGAAGCACCCAGUGAACAAGGACAGUCCUAUCAUCCCAUGUUCUUCACUCACGAUCAUCCUUUCGAGGAAUUUUAUUGCGCUUGCAUCGUCCUGCUGAAUAAAACUUGGAAGGAAAUGCGAGCGACAACCGAAGACUUUGUGAAAGUAUUCUCAGUGGUUCGUGAACAGAUCACUCGUGCUCUUCAAUCCAAGCCAACUGGUCUUGAUAAAUUCAAGACUAAACUCCAGAGCUUGACUUACUCAACCAUCACUAGCCUGUGGCAGCAGGAGAGAACCAGCAGGGAAGAGUGGGAAAGUCAUGCUAAACCCGUUGUUGAGUUGCGUGAACAGAUAACUCCAGAGAUUUUGGAACUUAUCCAACAACAAAGACUGGGAUUUUUAGUGGAGGGGACGAGGUUCACUAAGUACAGCGCAAGGGGUCAACGAAUCAAAGACAAAUUCUGGUACGUUCGUCUUUCCCCAAAUCACAAAGUCUUUCAUUACGGGGAUUGCGAUGAAAAAUCAGUGCCAACAAUCGAUGAGCUCCCAAUGAAACUGGCUGUGGUGGAAAUCAGAGGACUUCUCAUCGGCAGAGACUGCCCCCACAUGAAAGAUCUUCAAAGACGAAAAACCACUCAUCAACUUGCAUUUUCCCUCGCUCUAGAUUCUGUAGAAGUCUCUAAUCUUGAUUUUGUGGCACCAGAUGAACAAGUCUAUGAUUAUUGGACCGACGGCAUCAAUGCACUGCUCGGCUCGAAAAUGACUAGCAAAGAAACUGAGAAAGAUCUUGAAACUCUCCUGUCGAUGGAUAUAAAACUCCGACUAUUGGAUACUGAUGGGGUAGACAUACCGCAAGUCCCACCACCAAUUCCUGAGCCUCCACCAAACUACGAUUUUUGCUACGAAUUAAAGUAAGUCAGCAGUGAAAUCUAAAGAAGGAUCAGUCGGGUCUUAUUCUUGGCAGUUUGGAGCUAAGAGAGAUAAGGAAAACUUCAGUAAGAAUUUUUUUGUUUUUGAUUUUAUCUCGCAAAAAAAAUAGCACAAAAUCUCGAUAUCUCCCUUAGAUUUUGUAUUCCAUUGUAUUUUCUUCCACUAGAAAGGGAAAGAAAAAGACAAAGAGAAAUUCAAAUUCUACUAAUCAAAUUUAUAAACCAAUUAAACCAAUUUUCUUUAGUAUAUUCACUUGACAUGAAUUUUGAAUUCUCUCAUUUUCAAUAUAAAUGCCACUGCCUAGAAAAGGGAGAUCUCAGUUGAGAGGAAAACGUAAUUAAUUCCAUUAAUGAUAUUUUGAACUUUUAGAACGAUUUUAUUUUAUUUCUUUUAUCACACAGGGCUUUAUAAGUCCAGGUCUAGAUAUAAUCUUAAGAGUAAUGUAGUAUAGAUUGUACCAAAGAUUUUUUAGCGAAGCUUCUUCGAUUUUUUAAUACAUUUACCUGAAGUGUGACAUUUUUUCUACGGAGAAAUUUAAAUAAUGUCCAAUCAAUCACUUGAUUAUAAUUUAUUCUAAAAUUUUCAGAGCCAAUUCUUAGAUUAAGAAACUGCGUAUUAAUCUCGUGAAUUUUUUUACUGAACGGUGAAAUUGUAUACUUCGUGUUUUUAAAAUAAUCAAAUAACUUCGGCCAAAUGUAGUAAAGUAAUUAAUACGAAUGAGACUUGUAAUACCUAUUUAUCUAAUCGAAUUUAUGAAAUAUACACGUACAUACUAAUUUCUCUGACCAAGUUCUAAUCGUUUGUUAUGUACUGAUUUAUUAUGUCACUGAACGCAACAAUUUUAUUUCAGAUAAAGAUUUUUUUACACGUC